GUAUUUCAAGCAGUCGCAGUCGCUCGCUAGAACAAACCAAAAGUCAAAAUACGCGUAACCGAACAACAGUCAGUCAGACAGACAUUCAGACUUUCAGUCAGUCAGUCAGUUCAGUCCGUUCAGUUCAUUCAGUCAGUCAGUAUAUAGUAUCUGAGCAUCUGAGUAUCUGUAUCGCUGAACAGAACGCGUGCUAACAAAACUCACACCAGACUAUAUUAUUUUGUUGAAUCCGCGUGAAAUUCAAACAUCGUGUGAGGCGGAACAUCAUCUUAGCCUUCUGCAUCGCAGCUGUAAUUUAUGCGACAUUCAAAUCGGUAGCCAACAAAAUUUCCACCAGCGGCCAACGCGACUUUUGGCCCAACACACACGGAGAGCCAGAAAGAGAGAGAGACUUCGUUACCCGGCUCCACAAUUCCCCCCGCCCAACAUUUGUCGCUGCCCUCGGUCAACGUGUCGUUGUGUCGUCGUAUCGUGCACAUGUGCUCCAGCUUAAUGUCGACAACGAAACACGUUGUGUGAAAAUUAUACAAAAAAUCAACUAAAGCGAAGCAAAUUCGAGUACAACAAGAAAGUUCCAGUGACAAAGAGAAAGGGCGACAGAGAAAGAGAGAGAGAUAGAGAACUGAAAGUGAGAGAAAAGUAAAGAUCUGAUCUAAAAGCUACAAGAAUACAAUCCCCGCGCCGUCCACAUGACCACCACUUUGAAUAUGGUGAAAACUGGGAAAUACGCCAAUGACAAGAUCAUUGGCGUGCGGCAUGUGCAGUGCAUCCUGUGCUUCUUCUGCCUCACUUUGGCCUAUGCGUGGCGCGUCAAUCUCAGCGUGGCCCUUGUGGCUAUGACGCAGCCUCACCACUACAACAAUGGCAACAACAACAACAGCAACAACACGGACAUCAGCAAUCACAGCCUAAACAACACACUCCUUAGCAAUCACAGUCUCAGUCUCGACGACAGCGGUGAGCAGGAGGAUGUGGAUCAGGGUCCCGAUAUCUUUUCAGUGGAUUUCUACAACUUCACGGAAAAGGAGAAAUCCUAUAUGCUGAGCAGCUUCUUCUGGGGCUACAUCGUCACCCAAGUGCCCGGUGGUUACAUUGCCCAGCGCUAUGGCGCCAAGAUGCUGUUGCUCUCGGGUCUGGCUGCCUGCGGCAUUCUCACACUGUUGACACCACUCUCGGUUAAAUUGGGCGGCUGGCAGGCAAUGUGUGCGAUUCGUUUUCUCGAAGGAUUGACCCAAGGUGCAGUGCAUCCCGCGACGCAUUCGCUGCUCUCGAAGUGGGCGCCAGCCAACGAGCGCGGCAUGUUGGCGACCAUGUGCUACUCGGGUGCUCAGUUCGGCACUAUUCUGAUGAUGGCCACCAGUGGAUUCAUUGCCGACUCCUUUGCCGGCUGGCCAGCGAUCUUUUACUUUGGCGGCGCUUGCGGUGUCAUUUGGAUUGUCUGCUGGUGGGUCUUUGCGGCCAGCACACCCGAGGAGCACCGCACCAUUACGCGCGAGGAACUGAAGUUCAUUACGGAGAACCGCACUGUGGGCAAAAUGCAGGAUUCACACAAAAUGGCACCCACUCCAUGGAAGGCGAUCUUCACCUCGAUGCCAUUCAUGUCGCUGCUGAUCGUGCACUGCACCCAUAUGUGGGGCUUCUGGACGCUGUUGACACAGAUUCCCAGCUACAUGAUGCACAUUUACAACAUCGACAUCAAGUCGAGUGCGCUGCUCUCAUCACUGCCCUAUACCGUAAUGAUGGUGCUCAGUUUCUUCUUUGUGUGGCUGUCGAAGGUGCUGCAGAACAAGAAGUCACUGUCGUUGUCCUUCAAUCGCAAGUUCUUCAACACCGUCGGCCACUGGAUACCGAUGUGUUCUCUCAUCGCUCUUGGCUAUGUACCACGCGAGGAUGCUCCACUCGCUGUGGGACUCCUAACCCUGACCGUGGGCAUCAGUGCUGCCACCUACCUCGGCUUCCAGGUGAAUCACAUUGAUCUGUCGCCCAACUAUGCUGGCACCUUGAUGGGACUCACGAAUGGGGCUGCCAAUGUGAUGAGUGCUUUGGCUCCUUUGGCUGUCGGACAGAUUGUUAAGACUCCGGAAAAUGUCGAUGAAUGGCGAACGGUGUUCUUUUUGGCUGCCGCCUUCUACUUUGUGGGCAAUCUGCUGUUCGUUGUCUUUGGACGCACGGAGACGCAAUGGUGGGACUCACCUGAGGUGCUCGAUGCGGACACCAUGGAGGCCGGCGUGCCACUGAAUUCCAGUCCUACAGUCAAAAGAGCAACUGAGAAUGGCACACACUAAUCACAUCCCGAGCCCAAAAAACUAAAGACUCUCUCAUGCAUGUUGAUCAAUUUUUAUUGGAAAAUCCAAAAGGGGGAAAAAAGCAUGAUAUUGUCAUAUAGUUGUUGUUUCCUAAGCUAAGCUGUAGGUUUUAAGUGAUUAGUUUUGUAAGAAAAAGGACAAGAGCUGAAAUUGCCAUAAUGACGAUCGCGUGCUUCCAUUAGCGAUAUUAAAAAUCAACAUAUGAUAAUUGUUUAGUUCGUAGGCAAAGCAUAAAUUAUUAUUUGCAGUAUUUUUCCAUAAUGUACAUAAAAAAACAAACAACUAAAAGCAAAAAUCAACAUCUAAAUAUAUAAAACAUGUAUAUUAAUUGAAACCACUUGAGCAUAUGUAACGAAUAGCGCGGCUCUUGUAAUUGUUAUGUUUUAAACGGAAACUUAUAUCGUAACUUAGCUUAGGCAAUUCUAGUAAAAUUAGUUAAACAUUAGUAAUAAACAAAAAAACAACCAACUUGUGAUGUACGAAAAAAAAAACAAAAACAAAUAA